AAGCGUGAUUGUGGACUCGCGUGUUCCGGAACAACAAAAAAGAAGAAGAAGAAGAAGAAAUUAGCAAUGUAGCAACCAACAUUUCCCACUUUCUCCUGUCCUGUUGUGCAACAUACAAACUUAUUUUAAAUCACCGAAAACAAAGUUUGUCUCGAGACUGAAGCCGUUAUCCUCGCUGUUCAGCGCCGCUUGAGAGGAGUCGUCAGAAAAGCAUGUUUUCCUGCGGCACAACCGCCCGCAGGCUCGGUUAACUAGUUUCACCUGCACAGACCUCCUUCAUCAGCAGACUACAUCAUGCCAGAAGACAGAAACAAAAACUGUAAGGUGCUGCAGCCAUCCAGGAGCUCUGACAAUAAAAGGAAGAAGAAAAAGAAGAGACAGAAAUCCACUCUUUCUGCCACUUCUUCGGAAAACACAGAGAAACCUCAGGCUGUAUCUUUGCCCCCUGAGACCUCACCCGUGUCCCUGCUGCCCCCACAGAGUCCGGGUCAGCCUCAAGCCCAGCUGCCCAAGCUCAGUGCCACCAGUAAGAAAGACGGAGAACGGCUCACUGGCAGCGGCCAGAGGAGCAAAAAACACCCAAAGGAUUCACUGACCCUGCUGCCAGCGACAAACAAAACCAGCGGCAGUGGAGAGCCCAGCGCCCAGGCCAGGGAGAGCCUGAGGUGGGAGGGAGUGCUGGAGGACCCCCAGGCUGAGGAGCAGAGGCUGGAGGUGUACAGGGCCAACAGACGACAGCGUUACGUCCCACACAGAGACGCUCUGUUGAAAGAGACCCAGGGUGCAUUGAGACAGACUUUUCCUAAAGGGGGUGAAGAGAAAAAGGCUUUGACUGAAUCUGACCAACAGGAGUCAUUACUGCGUUUGAGCACAAACUGAAUUAAAGAAGUAAGUAAGCGCCUUAUGCUGUGAUGUUAUUUUAGGCACUAUGUUUAAAACAGAUUUAGCCACUGGGUGAAGAUUUUUGGGUGGUGUUAAGACGUUGGACUAAAGAGAAGCCGAGCAUGUUGCCAAUUCAAGCGUCUGACAGAAAUGCCUUCUCUGUCAGGUACGAAACAAACACGUCUCCACAGUGUCGUGACGAUCAGUGGACGAGGACAGGCCCUGCUCCUGGUCAAUGGGUCUGUUAAAAACUUAAUAGAGGAUUUGCUCCAUUUAUCUUGAGCUUCUAAAUUAUGUAAUCUUUCUGGACUGAAACCCAAUCAGGAUAAUACCACUAAACCCCCCUGACAUCUGCGUGUCCACAGGUCCGUGAGGUGGAGGAGGGUUAAAUGAACAGGGGUCACGUGACAUUUUUGUUUUACUUCUUCAGUUGAAGAACUUCAAAAUACAGAUUAGCAGUUUUCUUUUUUUUUCAUUUCUUUUUUUGUGUGUGUUUCUUGUUUUUUGGUAGGGAUGAUAAAAAUGUAUCCAUGAUCGAUUAAGUGGUCGUUAAGAAUUAAUCAAAUGUGAAAUUUAAUCGCUUAAUCGACAGGCCAUGACAUGCUGUCAAAAUAUAUACAAUAUGUUGCUGUGAGCUUUAAACUCAGGAUAAAAUGCAUUUGGUAUUAUUUGACAUAAGCAACGUUUUAUGUUUCAUUUUUCAAAUAAUGAUUCAUCGAUUAAUCGAUCAUUAAUUUUACUAAAUAACAAUGUCUUAUAUAUGCAGCUACACUUUCUAAUAAAAUGCGUUCAAAAGCUCAAACUGUAAAACAUAUUGACCUGACCUGAUUUACCGGUGAUCUACAGAAGAUGUCUGCGGAUCCAACAUUGAUCCUUAAAAAGUCUUCAGAUGUAUAA